GCCAUUAGCCAGUCGGCAGCCUUCUGAUUCUGUUCUGCCCUUCCCUGCAAGCAAGCGAAGCGACUUCUUCGUCAGACACUUGAAAAAGCUAUUCCGCCACAUUGAUAAUGCCACCGGCCGACCACCCUCCCUUCUCCAACUCGUCGUGUAGUUGGCUAGUUGCCAUCAAUCCAGAUCUCGAGGGAGCCAACGAUGUCCUCGUCCAAGAAGUCUAGCUUCUUCGGCCGCGCGUGGGACAGAGCACGCGGCAAGUCUGACGUCGAGAGGAUCUGCAAGGAAGUCUUCGAGGACAUGGCAGACAAGAACACGGGGCUCCUGGACAUCAACUCCCUCCACGUCGCCACCCUCAUGGUUUACAAUUCAAUUAACAGGCAGUUAAUCGGCCCUCACAAGGACCCUCCCUGCAUGAACACCAUCGCCGAGAAAAUGGAGGAGUACCGCGCCAAGAAAGGGAUACUGUUCACGGAGUUCCAGGAGAUGAUCCUCAUGUGGGUGCACAAGGACCUGCGGCUGGUGCUCGCCAACAAGGCCGCCGUCGCGAUCCUGGGCGCGCCGCUGCUCGCCGUCACGGCCAAGAACGCCGCCAGGCAGGUGCCGAGGAUAAGCGACGCCGUGGAGCAGGUGCCCACUCCGCUGCUCGCCGCCGUCUUCUCCGUCGGGCUCAUGCUCCUGCAGGACGUCCGGCUGGGCAAGCAGAGGGGGUGAAUCCAUUACCGGAAUCACCUCAAGGCGCACGCCUGGAGGUUUCGCUUUCACUGCCUCGCCGCAGUCUCACGGAUGUCAGGAACUCAGGAGUCAGGAUAUGGUCCCAGCCUCCCUAGUGCACAUGAGCUUUUGAUGUGUGUAAGUUCACAAAAAAAUCUGAAAAAAAUUAUAUAUAUUA